UUUGGGUUUACUUGAUGCCAAUGUCUGAAACGAGAUAUUGGGAAUGUAUCCUGGACAUGGUCAAUCAAGGGGUGGCUGGUCAAGGCCGUUUCUUGUUGCUGUUGGGAUAUGUCAAUCAAGGAGUCUGCUAAAUAACUUGGUCUGCUGCUAAAAUCAUUUGACCCGUUUGAGAUAUUUACCAGCUCAUACUGUUUCUUGUUGCUGUUGGGAUAGCUACCAGCUCAUACUGCAUCUUGCUCAAGAUUGAGAAGAUCAGAUGAACUGUACAUCUCUCCCUGUCAAGUUUGUUUUACAUUCUCAGGUCUGUAUGUUGUAUGAAUCUGCACCAUUGCACCAAAACGGGCCGACUGUAACAGCUGGUGUUUCUUAUUUAGGAGGAUGUUGCGUGCAACUGUGCAAGAAGCCAAGAACACUUACAAAUCACAAGAUAGCACCAUGUUAUAUUUUCUUUCUUACCAGCAAUGUAUACAAAUCUAAUUGGAUAGGAAUCAAACCAUGGGUG